CGUAUAUUCCGGAUGUCAACAAGUCAAAUUUUUUCCUUCAUAAAAAUUUUCGUCCAAGACUGGAGCUAAUUUUCAACCUAACUUGUUUUGCAUACUGCUUACACUUUCCUGGCGCAUGGUCCUGAAUCUGGUCCGUUUUCUGCUCGACAAUUUUGCAGUACGCAACUGGAGACCGGUGAACUUGUUUCGGUGUUACUGUAAUUCUUGCUAGCUCGCCAUGAAGUUGCCGAUUGGAAACGUGUUAUGGCUGCACCAGAUUUCCAGAUUCCCCAGAAUUUUCACUUGUCCGAGCCGAAUUGUUCCUGCUCGGCUGGCGAGCAGCCAUCAACACGACAGUCACGAUAAGAACGCGCCUGCCAAAAAAGAUUAUGACGAUCCGUGGGACAAUGUACCACCAGCGGCGGGUGGUCCGCUCAGAAAGGCUAACCUCAAUGAUUUCCCCAUUCCCAAAGGAUCCUGGCAAGAGGAUUUUAAUCGACGACAGCGCUUAGGAAACUUACAAAUGGGACUGGGACUGUUGUUUUUCGGCGGAACGGUUUUCUACUUGUGGUACAAAGAUCCGUUGAAUUUUGAGAAAGUAUUUGGCCCGUAUAAGUACAUGAAAAAUCCUCCGGCUUUUAAAAGUCCUGUGUUGGAGCCUAAUAUCCUUCGAGAGUUUAUGAGUCCGACGGAGACGGUCGACCAAUUACAAACAUCAGCGCGCGCACAACAGCCGGCAGCCGAGAAACCGAAAUUGGUGACCAAAGUCGAUCCGAGCAAAAUUCCAGAAAUACCAAAUCAUGUACCGUACCUGAUCGUUGGAGGAGGAACGGCAGCGUUUUCAGCAUUUCGUUCCAUAAGGGCGAACGAGCCAACAGCUGCGGUUUUAGUUAUCUCCAAUGAACCGUAUUACCCGUACAUGCGACCUCCUUUGUCGAAAGAACUCUAUUUUACUGAUGAUGCACACCGAAAAGAUUUGCGAUUUAAACCAAUGCAUGGAAAGGAAAGAAGUGUGUUUUUUGAGCACGAGGAAUUUUACGUCGAUCCCAAAAUGCUUCCAUUCACGGAAAAUGGUGGAGUUGCUGUUUUGCGAAACAUGACAGUGACAUCUUUGGAUCCGAAAUCGCAAAAGGUUUCGUUGAAGAAUGGAUGGGAUAUUUAUUACGAUCGGUUGCUUCUCGCUACGGGUGGAACUCCGCGAUCAUUGCCAUGCCUUGAGAAAGCCGGUCCAGAUGUUGCGAACAAUAUCACAAUUUAUCGUGAUAUCGAAGAUUUCAAAAAGUUGGACGCAGCAACGAAAAAGGUCAAGAAAGUUGUGAUAAUUGGCGGUGGAUUCCUUGGAAGCGAACUAGCAUGUGCACUGGCUCAUCGAGGAAAAAGUACCGGGUUGGAAGUCCAUCAGAUUUUUCCUGAAAAAGGCGUUUUGGCCCGCGUACUCCCAGAAUACUUGAGUGAUUGGACCACGCGAAAGAUGCAGAAUGUAGAAAAAGUGAAGGUUUAUGCGGAAAAAUUCGUUGUUAGUGCUAAGUACUCCAACGGACAGGUUGUAAUGCAAAUGAAUGAUGGUCAAGAGAUAUCCGCCGAUCAUGUCGUUGUCGCCGUUGGCCUUUCGCCAAAUACACAGUUCGCGUCUUCGGCCGGUUUAGAAGUUGAUGAAGUCCUGGGCGGUUACAAAGUGAAUGCUGAAUUGGCGGCAUGUGAGAACAUUUGGGUGGCGGGAGACGUUGCAAGCUUUUUUGACGUUACUCUUGGUAGAAGGAGAAUGGAACAUCAUGAUCACGCAAUUGCAACCGGGCGAGUAGCUGGAGAAAAUAUGGUGGGCAAGAAAAAUUCUUUUUGGCACCAGUCCAUGUUUUGGUCGGAUUUGGGCCCUGAAAUCGGAUUUGAGGCAGUUGGCUUAGUGGAUUCUUCGUUAGACACUGUAGCAGUCUUUGCACAGAAUCAGCCGGUAGCAAUGGAAGCCGAAGGCGAUAAUGCUAAAUCUUCUUCGUAUCGACCUUUGCAAAUGCCUGGUCAAAAUGAAGAGUAUUCCAAGGGUGUGAUUUUUUACCUUAAGGACAAGAUUAUCGUUGGAGUUUUGCUAUGGAAUCUGUUCGAUCAUGUGUCAGUAGCUCGAAAGGUGAUCAAAGAGCAAAAAACGUUUGAUGAUUUGAGUGAUUUAGCAAAAUUGUUCGACCUGCACGAGGAAAAAAAUGCCAAAGAGAACAGCGAUAAAAACAAAGAAAAGGAGGCUGGUGAUAAAAGUAAAGACAAUAAGAAAAAAGAGUAAGGAUAGGUUUUAUUUGGUUUGGAAAGGCUCAGCAAAUGGGGAUGAAGGUGAUGUAUGUUGUUUUGAGGAGCUGUUUGAUAUUUUAAUGGAUGUUUACGUUUGUUUUAUUUGUUGGGUUCUUACUUCUUACUGUUCUUGCAACAUUCACACAUAAGUCGUACCACCAGUGCUCUUGCCAUCAUCCACUUUCGUAAAAGUGCGAGUUUUUACUUGUAAUAAACAAAAUACG